AAGAAGGAGGGAUGAUGCUGAGGAGGAGGAGAUGAGGGAAAAGAGACUCUCAUAGAGGAUGUGGAAUCAGACCAACUGAACAUUUUUAAAAGCACAGAGGAGGAGGAGGAGGAAGAAGAGGAGGAGGACAUCCACAGAAGGAGAGGAGGAGCAUCAAAUCUGCGAGGAUCCAAUCCCGGGUAUAGUUUCUGCUUUCACCGAGGUACCGAGCGGAAUCACCCCGCCUCCUGCUGCAUCAACACUAGCUGCUGCCCCGGCCCUCAUCAACCAGACUGAGAGGGAACGCCUCCUGAGAUCACAUGAUGAUGGAGAACUUCCUGUUUCUGCUGCUGCUCAGCUCAGUGCUGCUGCAGGACGCUGAGGGAGGAGACGUGUGUGUCUCAGGUCACGACAGCGGGCCGGUCUUCGAGAAGCAGCCCAGCAGCUUAAUUUACCCAGAAGGCCUCACUGAGGGAAAGGUGACCCUCAGCUGCCAGGCCAGAGCCAACCCUGCUGCCUCCUACAGGUGGCUGGUGAACGGCACAGACGUCCCGUUGGGGAUGGACGUGCGUUACACUCUGGUGGCGGGCAGUCUGGUGAUCAGCAGCCCCGAGGGGGUCAAAGACACCGGCUCCUAUCAGUGUCUCGCCAUCAACCGCUGUGGCACCAUCAUCAGCCGCGCCGCCGUGCUCAAGUUCGGCUUCCUGGACGAUUUCUCCUCCGACAGCAGGAGUCCUCAGACGGGGUACGAAGGCGUGGGAACUUUUCUGGCCUGUCAGCCCCCUCCUCAUUACCCAGCUCUGUCGUACCGCUGGUUCCUCAACGAGUUCCCGAGCUUCCUGAAGAAGUUCGACGGCCGUUUCUUCGUGUCUCAGGUGACGGGGAACCUUUACCUGGCAAGGGCGGAGCCCAACGACACGGGGAACUACUUCUGCUUCACCACGGUCAACCUUGAGAUCAGCAGCAAGAGCACGUUCAGCCGCCCCAACCAGCUGACCGUGCUGCCCGACGCCAGUCCCAGGAAGUCGGCGCCGAGCAUCAAGGUGCGUUUCCCGGCAGAGACGUACGGGCUGGCCGGCCACACCGCUCAGUUAGAGUGCUUCGCUUACGGAAACCCCGUCCCCAAGCUGCGCUGGAGGAAGGUGGACGGUUUGAUGCCAUCUAAAGCGGGCUCCAGCGUGGAGGGUCCCACCCUCACCCUGCCCGAUCUGACCUUCGAUGAGGAGGGCGUGUACGAGUGUGAGGCGUACAACUCGGAGGGAAGUGACACGUACCAGGGACGCAUCAACGUGCAAGCUCAGCCCGAGUGGCUGCAGGUGAUGAGCGACUCAGAGGUGGAGAUCAGCUCGGAGCUUCACUGGAGCUGUGUCGCUGCAGGAAAACCACGACCAUCUGUACGCUGGCUACGCAAUGGACUGCCACUCAGCACGCAGGACCGGUUGGAGGUGAACGGGCCUCGUCUGAAGAUCAGUAACCUGGCCCUGGAGGAUUCUGGGAUGUAUCAGUGUGUGGCUGAGAACAAACACGGCACCGUCUACUCCACGGCCGAGCUCAGAGUCCAGGUCCAGGCUCCAGAUUUCAGGUUGAACCCGGUCAGGAAGCUGAUCCCAGCAGCCCGGGGAGGUCAGGUGAUGAUCGAGUGCCGCCCCCGAGCCGCCCCAAAGCCUAGUCUGUUCUGGAGCCGAGGGACGGAGCUGCUCACCAACAGCAGCAGAGUCACGGUCAGUCCAGAUGGAGUUCUGUGGAUCCACAACAUCAGCCGAGCAGACGAGGGGAAGUACACCUGCUUCGCUGAGAACUACCUGGGCAAGGCCAACAGCACGGGACACCUGUCUGUCAGAGACGCCACAAAGAUCACUCUGGCUCCGUCUAACGCCGACAUCAACCAGGGCGAGAACGUGACGCUGCAGUGCCACGCCUCCCACGACCCCACCAUGGACCUGACCUUCACCUGGGCCCUCAACGGAGUCCUGCUGGACCUGGAAGACUCUGCGGGGCCGUUUCACCGGGUGGAGGGGAAAGAGAACAUCGGCGACCUGCUGAUCGUGAACACUCAGCUGAGUCAGGCGGGGGCGUACACCUGCACGGCUCAGACCGUAGUGGACAGCGCUGCAGCAUCCGCUAAACUGGUGGUCAGAGGGCCCCCCGGUCCUCCUGGAGGUUUGCUGGUGAAGAACGUUGCUGAGACGUCGGUGGAGCUCAGGUGGAGCCGAGGAUACGACAACCACAGUCCCAUCGGGAGAUACGUCGUGAUGGGGCGAUCGUCACUGUCGUCAGAGUGGCGGAAGAUGAGGACAGACCCGGUGAACAUCGAGGGGAACGCCGAGUCGGCCCGUGUCAUGGGUCUGAUGCCGUGGAUGGAUUACGAGUUUCAGGUCAUCGCAAGUAACAUCCUGGGCAGCGGAGAGCCGAGCACGCCAUCACACAUCAUACGCACUCAGCAAGCAGCCCCCACUGUGGCCCCCAGUGGACUCGGAGGAGGAGGAGGAGACCGCAGUGAGCUCAUCGUUACCUGGACGCCAAUGGCCAGAGAGUAUCAGAACGGAGACAGCUUCGGCUACAUCCUGGCGUUCAGGAGGAAGGACACGUCGUCGUGGACGGUGGUCCGUGUUCCUCACGUGGAGUCUUCUCGAUACGUCUACUUCAACGAGAGCCUGACGCCGUACAGCCCGUUUGAGGUGAAGAUCAGGGCGUUCAACCGGCGAGGAGAGGGACCGUUCAGUCAGAUUGCCGUGGUGAACUCUGCAGAGGAAGAGCCCACGGUGGGACCCUCCAGCAUCAACGCCACGGCUCUGACCGCCUUCGAGAUCCAGGUGUUCUGGGAGCCCGUCCAGCAGCUUAGCGCCAAUGGAAUCCUGCGAGGAUACGAGAUCCGGUACUGGCGGCAGCACGAGCGUGAAGCGGCGGCAGAUCGAGUGAGGACAGCGGGACUCGAGACGUCAGCCCGAGUGUCCGGACUCAGACCCAGCACUCGGUACCACGUCGCCGUCCUGGCCUACAACAGCGCAGGCACGGGGCCACCCUCGCCACGCACCACUGUCACCACCAGGAAACCCCCUCCCAAUCGUCGCCCAGGUAACGUGUCGUGGAAGACUGAUGCAUCGUGGGUAACGAUGAGGUGGGACCACGUGAAGGCGAUGCACAACGAGUCCGCUGUGCUUGGAUACAAAGUCCUGUACAAACAUGAGGGUCUGACGUCUCUGAAGGUUCUGGAUAAGUCAAAGACGGCCGUGACCUUGCCACUGCCCAAAGACAACGGUUACGUGGUCCUGGAGAUCCGGUCAUGGGGGGAGGGCGGGGACGGACCGGCACACGAGAUUAUCGUGUCCCGGGACUCAGGAACUGGUAUGAUGGUGCAGAACGAAGCCCCGCCGACACAGCCCAGCCUCCUGCACCUUCUCUCUGGAUUGGUCCUCCUCUCUCUUGUGUCAUUGUCAGGCCUGUGAGCUCGGCCAAUCAGUGGACUUUUUACUUUUAACGGCAUGAAACUAAACUAAAGCUCCUCUCUGUGUGUGUCAGCCUGAGUUAGGGAUGCUGGGGGGGGGG